AUGCCGAUACGAUAUAACGAUAUCGUACCGGCAAUCGGCAUCGACAAAUUCAAAAACAGCCGAUAUCGUAUCGUCAAUAUCGGUAUAUCGGCAAUAUCGUCAACAGCCCUACCGCAUCCUGAUUUCAAGUGGUGGAGAACAGAAGCGCAUGAAAGCGUCGAGGGCACAGUAAGGACAGAUGAAGUUGGAGUUGCGGCACCGGAGCCAAGUCUCUAUGCACGAUGUAUCAUUGCGAUUAUGGCACUCGUCGCAUUCGAAUUGAACGGCUUCAUCGGUCGAGGUGAAAUGGCACAUGCUGCACAGGAGAUAAUCACGCUCCAGCUAGAGUACGCCUAUGAGAUCAAUUCACUCUCACAAACCUGUCAACGGCUCUACAACAUUGCCAACAAUCAUCUUUUCCGAUGUUAUGCCAAAGAAUGUUCUCCGAGGGGACUAGAACGCGUCGUGAAGAACAACAACGCACGCGCACUAUACAAACUCCUCACCAAUGGACUUAGUUUCGAUCAAUACUUCCGUACAACGGGGUAUGCAACAACAAUCAUGUUGACUGUCGAAACGGAUCUCUCGAAAAUUGCAGAGCUGCUGGUAGCCUAUAGCGAGGUCUGCUUAAAAAGCGAUCGAUGCAAAUACGGUUUAUCGGUCUGCGGUCCGGGCCACAGGGAAUACGAGGAUGAUCUCGAGGGGGCGCUUUACCGCGCCGCCAUCAAGGGCAGCCUGGGUGUCACGAAGGUGCUUGUAUCUUCUACGGGAGUAAAAAAGUGGCAAAAGCCAUUGGCUCUAGCAUACGCGGUUAGCCGAGGCCAACUGGCCUUGGCUAGGUACUUGAUCGAAGAGGGAGGAGUUGAUGUCAACCAUAAAAUCAGUCGCACCGGAUUUUUCGAAUCAUUCCUCUCACAAGCUGCUUAUCAGGGGAACUUGCAGAUGGUAGAGCUUCUCGUGAUGGCUGGUGCCAACGUCAAUAAUCCGGGAUUAUCGCGCAUUACAGAGUGUCCACUUUAUGUAGCUGCUGCCAGAAACCACGAAGCAGUAGUACAGUAUUUAAUCGAAAAGGGUAUGCGGUUCCAUUCCGUGGGAUUUUAUGGCACUCUGCAUUUGGCAGAAUAUUUCAACUUGCCGGACUACACGGUCUCAAAUGUUGUUAAGAGCGUUGACCUGGGUACAAUAAUAGCUGGUCCCGAAUAUCAACGCUGCGGGGGCUACGCCAGAAGCCGUGUCUAUGACGUGGUUGCAGCUUGCAAUGAUCUACCGGUCUACCGACAAGCUUGGAACAUGCGAGAUUCAUCCCAUGAUUGGCGGCAUCUAGCGGGGAACUUUGGGACCGCUGUACUUCAUGGGAACUUGACAGUGGCGCGAUAUAUAGUCGACGAAAUGAUGUUGGCCGUCUCUCUAGGCGUAAUUGCUAGUAAUUUGCCAGGGAUGGUCUGGGCACGCGAAUGGCGGGAGCUCGUCCGUUACACAACAUUCUACUACGACAGUGCCCCCGCCUUUGAUAUACUGCUGGAUUGUGGGCCACUGGGCGAUCUAACAGAAGCCAGAAAAGAUUGGUUGAAUGACUUGUUUUCUGAGGCUAGGAGCUACCCUGGACAUAUGGAGAUCCUUUUACAACGUGGUUAUCUGGAUGAAAUGGUAGUUAUUCGCGUAGUGAAGGAAAUACUCGUGGGCGCGUUGGGAGCCGGCAAUCUUGCAUUUGUUUGGCGCCUCUUAAACCACUGCGAAUUGGGUCCCCUCGAUGCACUGGACGAUUCGGAUCCCGAGUACCAUGAACAAAGUGUCUUGCACAUUGCAGCGCGGCACAGCCCCCUUAAAACCUUUCGUGAGUUCCUGUCUACACAGAAUUUGACUCUGAACCCGAAUCUUCCCAUCUAUUGCUCCGCAUUGGUCAGCGCAGCUGUGGGAUGCAAUGUCGCUGUCAUCGGGUAUUUUCUACGCCAAGGGUUCGGAAUCAACUCCUUGUACGAAGCGUUCACAUCAAAAAAAGAAAAAGUGACCGAGGCUUUGAUAAUCCACGUUACCACAGCGGGGAUCGGCCCCGACGAUUGUAUCGAAAAGACGGUCCGUGAAAAUAUCGCAGCAACAGUGAAUUUCUUGCUUGACCACGGGGCUCAGGUAGACACCAAAGAUUCACUGGGGCGGACAGCUUUAUCCAUUGCCCUGGAGGCUGGGAACCCCGAACUCGCUGACAUGCUGUUUCACAGAGGCGCGGAUCCCUUGAUUGGGCUCGAAUCGCGUGAUAAAUUCAGCGCGUUGGAACAACUCGUCCGGAUAUUCUUACGGGAGGAGUACGAUAUGAGCCACUUCACCAUCCUUCAGGCUUCUUUGGAGGUCAUGUCUGCGAGGGGCUAUAGAUGUGAUUAUUUCCUUCGCCUUAUGCCCAGGAUUGAGGACACAAUAUCUCGUCCGAAGGUGGUCUCGCAGUUUGAAGAUGCUCCUGGUGUAAAGGGGCCCUUACAGCUGGCAUACUACGAGGACAGAAUUUAUGUGCGAUGGUCACACUUCUUCUCAAUCAGGGAGAUGAGGAAACGAUAUUGGCGUGCCCUGUAUCCAAUUCCGUCCGAAUGA